CUAUCGCAAGAUCAUCAAAAGACCACACUGCCCCGAAGAAUCACGAGCGUAUCUCUCGGUGCACUGACACGCUUUCCUGCGCAGCCUAGACCCCGUCUUGCUAUCCUAUCUCUAGCCUCUUCUCAUCCGAUGACGGAAGAAGAUAGAAUUGAACCCAAAGAUGGAAAGAAAACCCCCUCCCACUGCUUGCCGUGACUCUUUAAUGUCAUGAUGCUGGUACCGCAACGCCCCCAGAGUUCUUGAGUCGAGGGUCCCUGUCCCGCAACCCAGUCGCCGUAAACUCGGUAGUGCCACUGUAUGUAGGUGGGGGGCUCUUCCAACCCCAUAGCCGAACACUCCACGUCACCAGCCGAGAGGAAGAAUUAAUUGUGCAUUCAGGGGACGGGGGGAUAGAUUCGACCUGUUGACAGAUCGCGAAUCUACCUAGGUUGGUUGGAAGGGUAGGUCUCGAGCUGGUUGGUAGACUUUCCGCUAACUCCUCCGUUUUCCAAGGCAGUCCCUAUUCAUCCACGCCCCAGCUUCAAUGAAAUCAAAGUUUUGCCAGUUUUCUCUUAGAACCUAUUUAAUUCGAUUGACUUGAUAUUUGGCAGGCUGUUAUUCGGCGCCUUCUGUGCCACUGUUUUAUGCACCUUAAUCGUGUUUUCCUGAAUAUCGAUCGGCAACCCCCAUGGGGAGACCUAGGAGCUGACAUCAAUGUGACGAAAUAUCUAAACGAUAUUUUCAAAACGUCACGCUGCUAGCAAAUCCGAUGCGCUUGAGUUUUGCCUUCGGGAUAUUGUAGCUGGAAGAAGGUAAAACUGGAUAAUGCCUCCCUGCUCACUACCUUACCCAGCCUUCAAAAUCAUGCGCGGUCACUGCAAAUCCUCCCUGACGUGGUAUCGCACCAUGGUCGGUAAUCUCAAUGUCGAUGACCAGACACAGGCGCAGGACCCGAAGCUCAACCAGCCCGUGUUGUUGCUGACCUCGCAACCGGGACCGCUGAAUCUACCGGGCGCCGCCGAUAUGAUGAGUGUCAAGGAGUGUGGGCACGAAGGGGCAUUGGACAUAGUUGGAGGCGAGGGAUGAGAUCAAUGAGGCUCUGUUGAGGUUUAUUGAGGGGGGAUAGGAAAGGUGAAAGUAGAUACAGUAAUGUAACGUAACUAUCAUAUAGAUUGUGUGGAAAUUCCACGGCGUGCAAAGAAAAGAAUUAUUAUACA